CCGAGAUCAACACGCAUGCAUGCAACGCGAUAGGCAGCAGCACGAGGCCAGCAUAAUCGAACCGCCUGGCAGCUGGCGAUGAGCACAGCAGCUUGACAUUGCUCACAACAACAUCUACUAUACCUUGCUCACUAGCCCCCCUUCGUCCCCGACACACACCACCAUGGCGUCGAUCAAGAUCUUCAGCCUGGCAGUAAAGACCCUGGCCAAGCCCAUCGCGAAUGCCAUCAAGGCCCAGGCAACAGAACACGAGACCUUCCGCAAGAUCUGUAUCGGCGUUGCCCAGGGGAUCCACCGCACCGAGGCAAGGAUGCGCCUGGGCUUGUUGAACGAGGAGGCGUCCAAGGUGAAGCCGCUCAACGAUGCAAAGGCCGUGCAGAACGGUGCAAACACAAUAGCGGAAGGGUUCCUCUUCUUCGUCGGCGCCGGCCUAGUGCUAGGAGAAACGUAUCGCUCGUCGAGGAAGAACGCAAAUCGACGAGACCUGGUCGCCGAGCGCCUUGACUCACUCGAGUCGGAGAUUCAGACACUACGAGAGCGAGAAAGCGACGAAGUCAAGGCUCUCACAGCACGGUCUGAGGGUCUGGAACGAGCCCUGUCGACGGUCGUGGACAGCGGCCUGAGAGCCGGCUGGCUCAACCUGGGCCAUGACGAGUCGGAAGUGCUCCGUCUCGUCGCCCAGCUCCCGGGGCAGCCGUUCGCGUUGCGUCAGACCGACGGCAGCGAGAGUGGAGCCUCGUCGGUUGAUUCGGCUGACGAUUCGGGUCUUGAUGCUCCAAGCCCCGCAUAAAGGGGGGUACGCGCGGAUGAUAACGGCAGGAUGCUUCUGCUGCCGGGCCGGACGAGAUGGCUCGUCUAGCUCCAGCGUCGUCGAGACAUGGCAUAUACAUACACCUUUUCUUGCAUGAUGCACAUGGACCAAAGUAUUGUUGC